ACAUCAUCACGCAGUGGUGGAGCCGGAUCCUGAAAUGAGGCUAUAUUGCAGAGAGAGUGGGACGAGAGGGGAUUCAUCACCAUCUCAGUCGGACUGGACUUGUAUCCCGUCCAUCCCCUCUCCCAGCUAUCCGCAGAUUCCAUGUUGUCCUCUCCUGAUUGAUUGCCAUGCCAGCCUGGCCUCUUUGUGAGGCUUAGUGAUAUUCCCGCCACUGGAUAGCUCCUGAGAAUGAGAUGAACUACAGCAUGCAGUUAGCCAACUUCCCCCCUCAAAGAACACAGAGCUACAAGUAUAAGAUAGAGGUGCGUGUGGAGCGGGCCAGUGGAUACCUAUGGAGACGUGUGCCACCUACAGAGACCUGUACUUUGAGUGCCGAGCCUGAGCCUCCGAGCCCCGUAACUGAGCUGACAGUGGGCCACGUGGAGAUAGACAGAGAGGGAGGGGGAGAGGAAGGAUACCUGGCACAGUUUGACCUCUCCUGGUCACCCCCACUGACAGCAAACGGAGCUCUGGCAGAGUAUGAAGUGAAUAUAGUCACUCAAUCCUCUGGAGAUGGUUCAGUAUUGUAUCACUCCAUACACCCAGCAAGCCAACUAUCUAUGGAAGUCAACAUCACACUUCCUCUAAACACCUCAACCCAUUGUGUCUAUGCUCUGGUGCGGAGCAGAAAUGACUACGUGUGGAGUGAGUGGAGCAAGCCAAAGAUUGUCCCACUUGAUGAAAAAUGUCAACCUUCUGUCUCUAAUGCAUCGAAUGAGAGUGUGACACUGUUCUACAAAAGGACAGGGGAAGAGGCUGUAAGGAUAGCCCAAAUAUCUUGCCAAAGUGGACUCGACACUGCAGCUUCCAACACACUCUCAGACAAACUAUUGUCUUUGGAGCAGAGACUAGAAACAGUGUCAGAUGCGAUGAGAGUGCAAAGUGUGGCAGAGAACCUUCUGAGAGAUUGAGGACACUUGAGAGUAAAAUAGACCAAAUCCUGGAUGCUGUGUCGUCACCGAGUGGUUCCGGCGGGUAGGACCCUUUCGUUUCAUCUUCAUCUCCCUGCAUAAUUAUUUUGAACAGCAGACUUAUAUUACGCUCUUGAGCUUUCUCAUCUAUCACAAUCUGCCACUGGUACACACAAAUUUUAUCACUAUCCCCUUGCAAAGCAUCUUUCGUCAUCUUCUGUCAUAAUUGGUAAUGCAAAAAACAGUCUCUCAAUGAUUCCUAACUCAUCAACUGAAUCUUUGCACUCAUCCUUGUUAUGUCAUCUUGUACAAUACCUGGAUAUUUCACAUGCGCACGCGCUAAGACACGAAUGUCUAUUCGGUGGUGUCUAGCUAACAGAGCGACCGUGGUGUUACCUGAUUUUACUCAUUUACCACCUAUACUA